AUGGCGCCCAAGAGCAGAAGGAGUGCAAAGCGAUUAAGGCGUGUAACUGUCCAGAGAGAAGCGGCUAGCAUAGAAUUCAUUUCUUAUUGCAUUUCGACCACAACUGCUCGCUUGAAAUUUUUCACACCUCAGCACCGCACUGACUCACACAAGGCGACCAUGAGCACACCCGAAAUACGUGAAAAGACUUCAAAGGAUUAUGAUGAUGAGAAAGUUCAAAAGGUGGCCGUACAAGAGCUUGACAAGAAGAAAAUGGAUCUUGCUAGAGCCAAAGUGAAUAAAUCGAAGGCAGCUAGAGCACAAGCUAAGCAGGAAGAAAAGAACUGGAUAGAAUUUCGCAAGCUUCAGGUUUUGUAUGAUUGUCGACCGAAGUCUCGGGCAGCGUCUGUGCGUGAUGAUGAUUCAUUCCCGCGACGUCGACGUGGUGUCUCUAUGGGUUUCGGAGAACGUAAGGCAUAUUUCUUGGCGAUACGUCCGAAUCCAAAGUAUGCCACUUGGUUUGGAAAGAAGAAAAAUUGGCAGAAUAAAAAUGAAGUCAAAAAAGAGAAGUUUCUGGCCAAAUCCAGAACGCAGCAUUGUGAAGAUACACCACGAUCUCAAGUAUUUUGUGUCCCAGUGGCAAAAGAAGACCGAACUAUUCUUGAGGAAGACGACGAAAAUAUCAUCGAAAAGAAAGGAAAUCAUGCUUUGAAUCCGCUUGUAAACGGCAUACCAUUCUGGAUCGUUCCCGAAGAAGAAGAGGAGCUGAAUGAGGAAGAUUUACCCAUAGAUAGAGAUCUGAUAGAGAAGGUUUUGGACGGCACAUUCAAUAUCGCAUCGAAUACGUUAGCCCGCAAAUGUUUUGAUCCUUUCUCCGAAACAGAAUCGUACAAAAAACUUGACAAGUUUUUCACGAGAGAUCUUAUCAUCGGAGACACAGUCAAAACAGUUAUAAAUCUUCUAGAAGAGCCCGAUGAAAAUUGCAUAGCACAAGAAAAUACGAAGAGUCUCGUCACAUGGGGAGCGCAUGUGCUUGUGUCUCAAUUCGAUAUGAACAAUCGGAAAAAUGAAGUUCCGCAGAACCUACGAAUUGAACCGCUCAGAGAUAUUGUGCGAACGUCUCCGGCGAUAACGAGUCAAGCAAAAGAAUUUUAAUUUUCUGCAUAUGAAAAUAGGAAAACCAAAUCAUCGUUCAUUAAUAGGUCUAAGUUCUGAUCGCUGGAAUUGGAGUAGAUUGCUCGUGAGAAUAAAUAGUGGUGG